AUCACCAUCAUGACAUAUUUGAAUGACGUCGAGGAAGGGGGUGAGACAGCAUUUCCAUAUGCUGAUAAUGCAACAUACAGCGCUGAGGUUGCCGCUGAAAAUGAGCCAACCACGACAGAUCUGAAGAACCAUUGUCAUGAUGCCAAUAUGGUAAUACACCCUGCCAAGGGCAAGACUGUCAUGUGGUAUAAUCACCUAGUCGACCCGGAAACAGGUUGGCUAGGGGCACAGGAUAAAUAUUCUCUACAUGGUGGAUGUAAAGUAAAGCGUGGAGUCAAGUGGAUAGCAAACAACUGGAUAGCUGUAGAUGACAUAUACAGUCAACAAAUGGAGUUUCAUAAGAAAUUUUGCGAAGCACGCAGUACCAGGAUCCAAGCCAGCAUUGACAGUACAAAGCGAUAG